AUGGCGCCAUCCCACCUCCAGGGUCUGAAUAUCGUACAUCCUCCUCCCCCACCAAACCCCUACCUCUCGGACGCAGACCUCCUAUCUGUACCACCUUUUCCUGACUUGAAUGCGCAGCUGGACCUCUGGACGAACCUGAACUUUCAAUCCGACGAGCCGGCAGCCCCCUCAUCCCGAGGCGAUAGUGGCAAAAAAGACCUCGGCUUUGACGGCAACUCACGCAGUCCGGGAGAUGGGAGCGAGGACGAUGGAGACCGGUACGAUGACCUCGACGACGAUGUGCAUAACAAGGGCGGGGUCGCGGAGAUUGGCGCUCACGAGAACGUCGUGACGGGGACGGUGCUGCCCCCCACUGGCGUCGCGCACCGCGGCAAUCCCGGCGCACAGGCAGGGGUGAACGCUUCUGAUCUUCCGAUGCCGUUAGACAUCGGAAGUCUACUGGCAGGCUUCGGACUAGACCCCUUCCUGGUUCCCCCAGUGCAGCAGUCUGCUCCCCAGGCCGCCAGCGCUUCGUCUAUAGCACAGCUUCUCUCCUUACAUGCUACCACUUUCCGCUCGCCCCAGAUGGGCAACUCCCAGCAGCCCUCUCAGCUUCCCGUGCCUGCACAGGCUCCCCCUACCCAGUCGCAGCAGCAGCAGUCCCAGUCGCAGCAGUCUCAGGCCAGCGCUCCGGCGCCGAAGCGCUCGCGCACCACGCGCUUAUCUGUGUCCUCAGCCACGCCAUCCCAGCCCGACUCGGCUCUGAGCCCCGAGGCGGACGACAGGGAUCCUGCGUCGCCCCUUACUGCGGCAGAAGAUAAACGCCGACGAAACACCGCUGCGUCCGCGCGGUUCCGGCUGAAAAAGAAGGAGAGGGAGGCGGCGCUGGAGAGGAAGGCGAAGGACCUGGAGGGGCGCGUCAGUGAGCUUGAGAAGGAGUGCGAGGCGUUGAGGAGAGAGAACGGGUGGUUGAAAGGGUUGGUCGUCGGCGUCACCGGUGCGGGCGCGGCACAGCAGCAGCAGCAACAGGUUGCGGUCCCUGCACGCCCAGCGGCAGGCGCGAAGAGGAGCAGAGAGGAUUCGGAAACGCAGAGUGAGGACUAA